AUGUCAUAUUUAUAUAACUUUAAACAAUUCCAGCAUCUUGUAAUUGCGUUCACUCCGUAAUUUUAUAGCCAUACUAGAACUGAAUCAUGGUCUGGCUUCUUAAAAUUUUGCUCUUCUUGCGUAUAGUUAAAGAACUCAACGCCAAUCCUACUCUAAACACAUCAUCUCUCACCCGUCCAGUCAUCAACUAUAACUUGUCAAAAUUGUUCUUUAUUUUACUUAAAUUCUGGAUUCUUGUAAUGCAUAUUAAACUACAUAAUGAGAAUAUAUAGCUAAUGUUAGCAUACAUCAUGUAUUCAGAAUUCGCUUGAUAAUAUCUGCUCUUCUUACAUCUAGAAAAUGAGCUUUCUUGCACAUUAUCUUAUUAUCCUUACUUCUUACUUCAAUAUCAAUAAUACUCAGGCUAUUGCCCUUAUAUUUAGAUCAUAAGCAUUUGUAUUUAAAACUGAUUAUAACCUAUACAUAAAUAGAUGA